AACAAAGCGUUUUUUACUCGUGUUAAUAGAGUGAGAGUUUACUUUGUUUAUUAUUAUACUGAACUGUAACUGUCUAAAAUAAAUAAAAUAAGUGUAAUGGAACCAUCCAGUAGUAAAAGUGUUUUCACCACUCCCCCAUCAUUCUUUUCUCCACCCCCUAAACGACCACGUGUGGAAACAUCUCAAGGAUGCACCAUCCUGUUCACUGGGUUAGCAAAAUCAGGGAAAUCCACCCUAUCUAAUCGACUCACGACCCUUCUCAAAGACCGAGGGAUUCCAGUAAACCAGUUGGAUGGAAAAGACCUUGCUUCUGGCUUAUGCAGCCCUGCCCCACUCCGUGAACAUUUUGUGCAUAUUGCGAGUGAGACUGCCAAAUUGUUCAAUAAGGAAGGAUUUAUAUCCAUCAUCAGCAUAGUUGCUCCUAACAUAGAGGAUAGAGAAGCAGCCAAGGCGUCUCAUUUUAAGGAUGGACUACGGUUCCUUGAAGUGUGGGUAGAUAGACCAAGGGAACAGUGUGAAAGGGAGACAGGAUUUGCAAAAAAUUUAAUUAAGUCAAUUGAUGCCAAUUAUCAGCCACCAACUCACCCGGAUAUCCACCUCCACCGAGAUGAGAAUAAUGUGGAUGCUUUGUUCAGCCAGUUGCUGGAUAGGUUAAUGGAACGUAGAGUAAUUCCUUCAUUAUUCAUUCAACCGAAAUCCCCUGCAACUCCUUCCUCCACCACAACACACCACUCAUCUGGAAUAGAAUCGGAAGAUGAAGAAGGAACUGUCUUCAAAAUCCCACAAAACGGAACUGCAAUCCGAGCAGUUUUUGACCAAGUGAAGAAGGGCAUGAUAGAGUUUGGAUUUAAUGGGAGUGAUGCAGAUAUCACAAAUGGAAAUGCAUAUUUCCAGCAAGUCAUGUCUACUUGGACUGACCACUACAACAGGUGUAUAGAUCCAGAAGACAUGUUCAAUCCUUAUGAAAACAGAUUCUUCCCAGUCUUCAUUUCCCAAUCACUCGUAAAUAAACAAAAGAAUACAUCCACCAAAAGUCCUGAGACACCUAACAAGACACUCCAGGAUGAGUGGAUUUCAGUUUAUUGGGCUGCUGAUCUUGGUAUAAUCAAAUUUGGGAAAAUCCAAGUUGGGAGGAGCUUUCACCAGUACUCCAAAUGUGUAAAAUGCUGGCAGAAAUCAACUGCAACGCAUUAUCUCUGUAACAAUCAUUCCACAAAUAUAAUGCUCCAUUUGGCAGUACUCGUGGAUAACAACAACAAGGAGUCCAGAAUUUAUGCAUACGCAGACCAACGUUCAGUAAAGAUGAAACCAUGGGACAAUCACAUGCUACGCUCCUUUGCAAAACACAAAAAAUUGACGACGAUGCAGACGUAUUUCACCUCCCAUCCUAAUUGCAAGUUCACGGGGAAAGUCAAAUCUAUUCUGUUUCCCUCACCUGGACGACAGCCUCUUAUGCAAACUACUAAGCUAUCUCUGGCGUUAAUCUGCCUUUUGAGGAACAUUGCAAGAGCUGGAAAUGAGAAUAUCCUCCCACACAUGUUUCUUCAGGCUGAACUGGAUAUGCCCUCUGCUGACCUGGCUGCGGUGGAAAGGACUUUGGAGCAGAAUGGCAUAACUUUUACCGUACGAGAAAGUGAAAACCCCCACCCACCCACGUCUCAAAUGGCUCUCAAAUAUUGUGAUAAACUUCCCCGGGUCUACGUAGGGAUUGAAAAAAAUGACAAGGUUGGAAUCGGCCUAAAAACGGCAAAAGACAGUGGUGUUGGAAGUAGACACACCCACUCUACCGGUUUCAGAGCAGGCCCCCUCUAUCAGCCCACCAUCAGUCCUGAACAACUCGCAGUUGUUAAUUAUGUUCCCCCUAUUCCACAACCUGAUUGGACCCCUGAAGAAUUGCAACAACAACAAGCCAUAGACCAGAAAAUGAAGGAGGAGUUGGAUGGAUUGGAGAAAGAAUUUGGUAGUGACUGCAGGAGGAAGGAAGCUCUAGGAAUUGCAGCUCUAGUAAUCGCGGAAAUGAAGGGUCUAAAUCGUCAUGAUGGAGUCCCCAUUCGCAGGCACAAUAAGAGGUUUAAUCACCUCAACACUGCAGAGGAAGGGGAUUAUGUAUAUAUUCAGAAUGUCUUUCAAUUUCUCACCAGGCGUAUUCUUGAGAUUAAUGUGAUAGGAAAGAAUGAUUUGAAUUUUGAUGAGCAUUUUAAAUUAUUCGAAUAAGCCCUCAUCGCCUAUGUGAGAUUAAUAAAUGCAAUGCUUGAUAACUUACCGUUUCUAAAGAA